GCAAGCCUCGCCGUUUGCUUCCCUAAAACCUCUGUCGACUGUCUUUCUCUUGCACCUGAAUCAAAGUCGUUCGUUCACUGCUGAGUCCUUUGUUGCCCCCUGUGCCAUUACAAUUGCCUUGGGCUGGAAGCGAAUCACUGCCCUUCACCCCCUCCACCAGCCAUUAUUAUUUGCCAUGUCGUUGCGCGUAGAUGACAGGAAGAGCCGCUCGCGUUCCAAAUCGCCAGGACGAGAGCGUGACCGAUCACGCAGUAAUGUACGGGCACCUUCGCCGGGGCCUCAAUAUUACGCCUCAGCUGCUGCGACCCCGCAACAUGAGGUUAGGCAGCCGGCGCAGUCAUUUGCGACACCCCAGGGAAGCGAUGCCAUAACCAUGGGCAACUACGCCGAUCUGCCCCCUCACGAGCGCCCCGGCUACAUGCAGCAAGCCCAAGCAGCGGCGAACUACCAGUAUUCCACGACCGACCGCGGGCCCGCCUCUCAAUCAUCGCCCACUGGAGUCGCAUACGCGCAAGCAAACAUCCAGUAUGCGCAGACCCCCCAGUACAACUACACCACGGCGCCGGCAAACCAGGCCGCUCCCACGCGGAACCUGGCCACGGCGGCCACGGGCGGUUUCCAGUAUGCGCAAACCCCCCAGAAGAUCACCUUCACUGCGAAGCCCGUGGUAGCUACCACGCAGCAGCCGCCUGUCAGACACACGUACCAGCAACAGCCACAGCAACCACAGCAACCACAGCAACAACACCCGCAACAACAGCCCCAGCAGCAGCCCCAGCAACAGCCAUAUUACGCUGCUGCCGCCAUGCCGCAAGCUCCUGCACCGCCCACACAGCAAGCGUAUCCGCCUCCGCCGAUGGGACAGCACUCACCCCAGCCGAGCCAUGCCCAACCUAGCCAUCAAAGGUCCGCCUCGCAUUCAGGAGGACAUGCAAUAGGCACAUACGGCGGUGCGAAUGUGGUCGAGAUGGUCCCAGGAGGCGGAGGGAGGCUCAACGCACCCCCUUCCCCAAGCCUGCGUCCACAUAGUCUGUCUGUCAGUGGGGCCCGCCCCGAAGGCCUGACGAAUCGCAUGGAUAGGUUGUCCGUCAGUGGUAACAGACCUGAUAUUCAGACUAUUGUGCCCGGCGGCAUGUCAGGGGGGAUGCCACCACCCAGCCCUUUAUUGGAAGCCUAUCAUGGGGUCUACCAGUCAAUAUCUCCCAUGCCUUCCGCUAUGAUGCUCCCAGACGACGACCUGGAUCACCUGCCUCCCUUGGACAAUUUUUCCCCGAGGGCUUCUAGCUCAUCAAUACAUGGCGGCCGACAUCGCUCUUCGUCGAGGCACUCCCCAAGUCCGCCGCGGAAGUCAAAGCACAAGGACAAGCUUGCCAUGGAGGCGUAUGGCGGCGGAGGUGCCGGAGGUCGAGAGCGAGAGCGGGAAAGAGAAAAGGAAAAGAGGGUGAAGAUCUAUGACGCAACCGACGAUGCACUUGCCCUAGUGGAUGCAAUGGCUCAACGAACGCCAGAUGUAGACACAUUGAUCGACAUCCUCACCGCGCUGUCUCACGACCAGCUGCUCGAACUCCGCUCCGAGUACAAACGGCACUGCAAAGUGCAGGGUCGGGGAAUCAACAUCGCGAAACACAUCAAACUCAAGACAUCGGGCAAUUUCGGCAAGAUCUGUUACGUAACGGCCCUGGGACGAUACGAAAGCGAGGGCUAUUGGGCGAACUAUUGGUACCAGUCGAAUUCCGCUAGACGAGAACUCCUCAUCGAAGCGCUCAUGGGUCGGCAAAACUACGAAAUUCGCGAGAUCAAGGAUGCUUUCAAGGAUAAGCGGUACGGCGACUCACUGACCCGGUGCAUGGACAAGGAACUCAAAGCCGACAAGUUCCGCAAAGCUAUUUUGAUGGCGUUGGAGGGUGAGCGACAAGAGGAGAGCGAUGUCUGGCCGAUGGAGUACCGAAAUAGGGAUGUGGAUCAGUUGUACAAGGCAUUGAAGGCAAGAGAAGGUGGCGAGAGCGCAAUGUUGAGUAUUGUGGUCAUGAGAUCCGAUGCGCAUUUGAGAGAGGUUCUGCGGACCUAUGAGAGGAAAUAUCAAGGGAAUUUUGCGAGGGAUGCCCUCAGGAGGAGCAAUAAUCUUGUGGGCGAAGUAAUAGCCCACAUUCUCAACGGCGUCAUCAACCGCCCCUCCCGCGACUCCAUGCUUCUGCACCACGCGCUAAUGGAUCUCAUCGACCCUACCACCGACGGCCCCAAAUCCUCCUCGAGCAAACUCUCAUCGAAAGAAUCCUCAUCAUCCAAGCACGAACGCCAGCAACGAUACGAGCUCUUGAUUUCUAGGUUGGUGAGAUUGCAUUGGGAUCGACUGCAUUUGAUUAGAGUGAAAGCAGAGUAUGAGGAAAAGUAUGGGAGAGUUGUCGAGGAGGAUAUCGAAGAGGCGACAAAAGGCGAUUUUAGGGAGUUUUGUAUACAGGUAUGUCAGACGGGUCGGUGAACGGGUGGUUGAGACUGGGGGAAGGCUGGGGGUUUGGGCGCCUGGAGGGCUGAUAGUGGAAUCGUGUAUAAUACCUAAGAUUGACAAUGGAAGCUGCGGCAUUGUGGCACACUGCAGAGUUUUUGCAGAUCAGCCCGCGGCCGAUGCGUGAAUGUGAGCUGCAGAUAAAACUUCAGCUCUCAUCACGAAAGUCGCUCUCCCCAUUGUUCCGCAGGAUUUCAAUGGACCCCGAGGGUUGUCAUUGGGUUUGCAUAUUUGGGGGCGGGAUGCCACCGAACUGGGUGGAACUGAAAGAUGUGCCGGUGUAGGAAAUGGGUAUGGGUAACGGGAUUUGGUUUGAUCUUGCAG